AUGGGUAAAAAGAAUCCAGAAGAUCUGGCCAUCUUGUACUCCAAUCGUGCAGCCAGUUACCUGAAGGAUGGAAACUGUGCCGAGUGCGUCAAAGACUGCAACAUGUCGCUGGACUUGUUACCCUUCAAUGUGAAGUCUCUGCUGCGUCGUGCCUCCGCCUACGAAGCUCUGGAGCGGUACAGGCACGCCUACGUGGACUACAAGACUGCACUGCAGGUGGACUCCAACAUAGUGGCCGCUCACGACGGUACCAACAGGAUGACCAAAGCGCUGACAGAGGCAGACGGCCCCUCGUGGAGAGAAAAACUUCCUCCCAUCCCAACAGUCCCUCUGUCGGUGCGAGAGAAACUGACUCAGAAAACCAGUGUGGCCAACGAUGUUCAGCAGAAGUCAACAGAUCAGCAGACCAGCAGCAGAGCAGCCAAUCAGAAAGCUCCCAGUGGCGAGGACGUGAAGAAGGCUCAGGCCCUGAAAGAAGAAGGCAACGCUCUGGUGAAGAAGGGAGAGCAUCGGAAAGCCAUAGAGAAAUACAGUCAGAGCCUCAAACAUAACCCCACCGAGGUCACCACCUUCACCAACAGGGCCCUGUGUUACCUGUCAGUGAAGCAGUACCAGGAUGCGGUCAAAGACUGCGAGCAGGCUCUGAGGAUGGACCAGGUCAACAUCAAGGCUUUGUACAGGAGGGCGCUGGCUCACAAAGAACUGAAGAACCUCAAAGCCUGCGUGGACGACCUGAACGCUCUGCUCCAGAUUGAACCCAAGAACGUGGCGGCCCUCAAGCUGCUGCAGGAAGUUCCGAAGAACAAGUGA